AUGUCGGGAGGCGUCGUGCGAGGCCCUGCAGGAAAUAACGAUUGUCGAAUUUACGUCGGAAAUCUACCCCCUGAUAUUCGGACCAAAGAUGUCGAGGACGUGUUUUACAAAUACGGAGCUAUUCGAGAUAUCGAUUUGAAAAAUCGGAGAGGAGGACCUCCCUUUGCCUUUAUCGAAUUUGAAGAUCCCAGGUAACUAAAGGCUAGCUUGUUAGCAACUCGUGCACUGCUCUAACGCUUUGAACACACCGACUGUGUUUUGGCACACCAGAAGUACAUUCAUUUCCAAUGGUACGCUGCGUUUGCCUUGUAGCAUUGCGUUCUGUGUGGUGCAUACGUUGGAUUUAUCGAACGUAUGCGUCAAACUGUAAGCGUAAACGGGUUGACAGAUAUGGUAACAGAAGGUGAAUGUUGAAGUUGUUGCACAUAUCUAGAUGCUGCAUACUAUUUUGCGCAAUGACACAGUCGGUGUGUUUAAAGCGUUAGUUUGCACAUGUAACUAACGUAGCUAGUAGCUAUUUUCGUUUUAAGACUAACGUUAAUUGGCUUGCUCGCUAGUUGUUUCCCUUUCUGCAAUUACACAUUGUGAAGGUGUCUUUGUUUGUGGCUAGCCGACUUAACGCCACGAUUUAUCAUCGUUGAGUUUAGCCAGCUAACUAACAGAUUUUGCUAAUGAGGUACGCCACAGGGUGCUGUGUGGACAAUUGUUUAGGUAACCUUUUAAUGAUUCAUUUUUCAGGGAUGCCGACGAUGCCGUGUACGGACGAGACGGCUAUGACUACGACGGUUAUCGGCUGCGAGUUGAAUUCCCUCGGAGCGGCAGGGGUGGGGGGAGAGGCGGUUUUGGUGGUGGAGGGGGGGUUGGUGGCGCCCCUAGAGGCAGAUACGGGCCGCCAUCCAGACGCUCCGAGUACAGGGUCAUUGUCUCAGGUGAGUCGUGUAAUUAGGGUGUUAGGGGUAAAAAUUAAACUGCUUCUGGUAUUAUACUUUGUAUUCCAUGUUUAUAUAGAAGUUUCUCAGGAACACUUUAUUUCAUGAGGAUAGGACUUACCAUUGCUGAGAUCUCAUUUUCAACUGAUCGAAAAGGGUCAAUGUUAAUCCCUAGUCAAUAAUGGCACCAAAUCAGUCUUAAUUUCAACACAUUCUGUCCAAUGUUUCAAGAUAGGGUGGUCAUAUUGUAAUGACAUUUUCAGGGCAGAUGUAGAACAGAGUUGAUUCAAAUAAAAGUCAAAUGUAUUCAAUUAAACUGCAAUAUUAUGCAAAUGAGGCAGUACGGAAUACAUAAUUACAGUAAUUUAAGACUAAUAGUUUUACGGUAGUGGUGGUCAUAUUAACAAAUCUUUGUGCUUUAUGAAAACCUGAGUUUAACAAUUUAAUAUUAGAAUAAACUUUUUAUACAACUUUAUGCAAAUUAGGUAUUUCAUAUGCUAAUUUCAAUGUGGGAAUAAAAUAAAAACAGCAUAGCAUGUUAAGCCCAUUAAUUUAAAGGAACCAUCUUAUGUAACCGUACCAAAUGUAACACAUCAUACUAAUUUGAGUGUCCCGGAUUUACGUGUACUAUGUUACGUCUAGUCUGAGGCUAUUCUGGAACAACAGAAGGGGAAGGGAAAAACUUUUACCUUAAAUUUCAGCCCAAGGACAUCUGAUGACCGUAAAACACCCUCAGGACUUUCCCAUACUUGUUGGCAAUACAAUGUCACAUCGAUCUUACUCUGGUAGAGUGAGGAAUACUCAUUGCAAAGAGCAAAUAUGAACACACAAUAUCAUAACUUACAGUAUUGUGAUUUUUAGACAUGGUUAACAACUUCCACAUUCAUGUUUUCAAAUUAUUUAUUAUAUAUUUUGAUGACCACAUCAUUGACAUUUAGUGACAAUUGAUUUGAUCACUGCUGUUUUUUGUAGAAUUCUCGCAUAGUGUCCAUUGUUUGUCGCAUCACCUAACACCCUUGUGUAAUGUGGGUUGGGUUUAUAUACACCUCAUUGGUUGCACUGCACGCCACCACGUUGACCUACUGUACAAACGGUAACUUCCCAGUCUUUAAUAUUUCAACAGCACUGUGCUGGUGAUCUUCUUUUUCACUAACAAAUGGACUCCAUGUGUUACCGUCUGAUUUACUUAAUGUAGCAGGCGUAAAAUAAUCUCCUGAAACUAGGUCCCCUACAUACCGGCCUGCAUUCAGUAAGUUUUUACGUUCUGGAACGUUACAUUGAAUGGAAACGGUGCUGUACUGAACGACCAGUUGGAAAAACUGGGAGGGGUUGGGGAACGUUGUCAACAUGGCUACUGCCCUUUUAAAUACUUGCCAUACCCAGCAAACGUAACUUAGUCUGUUCAAGAAUGUAGCAAACGUUGAAGCGAACUGAACGCACCUCGGGUCUUGUUGAGAAGGAAAAUAAACUGUCAGAGGUUCUCUUCUGCACUGUUCAACCAAUCCAGUAAAAUGUGGAGUUAAGAUGGCGUGUAGCCUUGUUAACGUCCAAAAGAGGUGCUCUUUCCAUUUUAAUAAUAAUAUGCCAUUUAGCAGACGCUUUUAUCCAAAGCGACUUAGUCAUGUGUGCAUACAUUUUUACGUAUGCAUUUCCCCUGAAAACCAGAACAUCCAUUUUUGGGGGAAUCUGCAGAGGCUACUGACUGAUUGGCUAGUUCCUUUUUCAACAGACUGAAGCGCUGGUCUUUUUUGGUCCACUAAACAUUGAUGGUUAUUUCAUAUCCAUUUCUUCCACAUUAGUUCAUUGUUUCUGGUGGGGUAGAACCAGCCUGGUCUUUGCAGAUUCUGAAUGAUUUACAUUUGAGUCAUUUAGCAGAUGCUCUUAUCCACAGCGACUUAGUUAGUGAGUGCAUACAUUUUUUUUCGUACUGGUUCCCCGUGGGAAACGAACCCACAACCCUGGCGUUGCAAACGCCAUGCUCUACCAACUGAGCUAUACUGUAAUGCCACAGAUCUAUUGAGCAAGUUUGUACCAUUGAGCAAAGUGUUGAAAGUAAUCACUUUUGAGUAAAACAUAUCUAAUUUAUAUGCUCUUAUCUACUCUCCAAAGGGCUUCCCCAGAGUGGCAGCUGGCAGGACCUGAAGGAUCACAUGCGUGAGGCUGGGGAUGUAUGUUAUGCUGAUGUUUUCAGAGAUGGAACUGGGGUUGUGGAGUUUGUGCGCAAAGAAGACAUGACCUACGCCGUUCGAAAGCUGGAUAACACCAAAUUCCGAUCACACGAGGUAUGCUUUCAGGUUUGAUUGGUUGUUCAUGGAUUUGAUUGUAAGGAUACAAUAUUUUUGUUAAAGGUAUGUAAAGUGACUACUAACUCUAUUGAAUCUUUCCCCUCAACCUCUCCCCAUUUUCAAUCCAGUGACUACUUUUGCAGCCUUUCAAGAACUGAAGGCUUGUUUUGAUGCAAUGGAAGGAACCGUUUGAGGUGGAAAUGCUUUUCGUUUCAACGUCCAGUUCUUUUUGUGUGUGUCUACCAGGGAGAGACCGCUUACGUUCGCGUGAAAGUAGAUGGUCCCCGCAGCCCGAGCUAUGGAAGAUCACGUUCCAGGAGCCGCAGUCGAAGCAGGAGCCGCAGCGCAGCCAGUCGCAGCCGCAGCAACUCUCGCGGUGGUGGUACCCGUGGUGGCAGAGGAUCUCCUCGCUACUCUCCUCGCCAUAGCCGCUCUCGCUCCCGUUCCUAAACUCUGUGUUGCCCUUUUGGUGGAUCCCCUGUAGACAGUUCCCCUCUCCACUUGUUUUUACCCCCUUUUGAGUUUUUCCAGAAGUCAACUAUAGAUUUGAAUUUUUGCAUUCCAUCUCCUGAUGUCCUAGUGGAAGGUAUUGGUAUGUAGGUGUAUCCCCCUCCUGUCACCUUUCCUCCCUCCCCUGACCCUCCCUACUUUUGACCUUUUGUUUUGAUCCCCUUCCUCAAUUCAUUUUAAUUUACCUAUUGUCUGUCAAUUUUUUUGCAACACUUUUGCAAAAUUUUGCUCUGAACUUCAAAAAGGUUGAUCUUUUAACGAGUUCAAUGUUUUUGUGAGUGUUGGAAAAUUGAUAUACUUUUUCAUGGGGUGGCGGGAGUCUCAUUGCUAAACUGUAUUUUACCCUUGUGUCUUCCUUUAGACAUCUGAAGAUGAGGAUUAAAGAGUGAUUUGGAUUAAAAGUUGUGGAGCACAUUUCAUUUGUUUGAUCAGGAUAGGACAUCUUAGGAGGAGUCAGGUCGAGGCAAUGGUAUGCUUUAGUAUUGAUUAUUUGCAUCUAUUGAUAAAAUGGUUGCUACAAGAUGCAUGAUUGUCUCUUGAAUGUAGCACAAUUUUCUAUAUCCUAUAUAUACCUGCCCUAUCUAUUUGGCAACCUUUUUAGCACUGAUAAACAGUGCAUGUAUUUGGUUUUGUGUCAGGACAAAGGUCUUGAGGUGUACCUUUCGACUUUAAUGUUACAUAAGAACCCUUUUCUUUUAUAGUUGCUGUUUUAAUUUUCGACAUGGGCUCUGGGCUUGUUUCAGCUCAAACAUUGAGAAAUAUUAGACAUUUUCUAAACUCUGAAUUUGAUGGUUUUGGUGAUCACUGAAAUUUUCAAAUUGAUCUUUAUUGGUGACAUGUCAUGAGUGCACAAUAAGAAGUGGGCUGGGCCCAAAUCUGACAUGAUUCUAAUGGUUUCCCUCUGAUUUUUUUUCCUGGUAUUUCAAGGUUUUGAUUGGAGGAGUGGCUCAGUGGAUCCCAAUCCUUGGAGCCGGAUCAGAGGAGCAUUUAGGGAAGGGAUAGGCAAGGCUGGCUGCUUGGAGACGGAUCAGAGGAGCGUUUAGGGAAGGGAUAGGCAAGAAUGGAUGCUUGGAACGGGAUCCAUUUUCCAGGAAUCAAAUCAAUUGAACUAAUAUUAAGGAAUCCUAGAUGCAACUUUUUGAAUGGCCCAGUUUAUUUCAAUUUUUGAGCGGUAAAUAUGCGCAGAGUCAAAGGAUAUGGAUAAGGAUUAUUUACGUGUUUGGAGUAAGAAAAGGAAACUGAGGACCAGGAAGUUGGAUCAAAGGAUGCAAGGAGUCGUAGGAGUCUGGUA